CUUUAGAGAAACAAUGCUCAUCUUUGGACUUAUGCUGCUGCUGCAAACCGCUGCGUGUCUGGAUCGGUUCUGCAGUUUUGAUGAGUCUGGUCCCUGUUACACAGCUCUGGGACACAAACUCAAUCUGAUGAUGCUGGAUGCUAGUGAAUAUGAGCUGAAGAUACAAAAGAGAACAAACGACACACAAGAUGAUCCAGUUUGUAGAGUAAAGAAUGGGGAAAUGAAGAGGAGUCAAUGUGAUCUUUAUUAUAACAGACCUGAAGUAACAGUAAUUAAAGGGACUCUGAUAAUAAACCCUGUGAACAGAACAGAUUCAGGGAAUUACAGAUUAACUGUCUAUAACUCAGAUGGCUCAGAAACAUCUAGAGAUCUUCACGUGAUUGUUGAAGGAUCAGCUACUGCUGCAGCGACCUCUAGCUUGACCUCUAGUUUGACCUCUGCAUCAACACAGACAUCAGAUUACGGUCUGGAUCGGUUCUGCAGUUUUGAUCAGUCUGAUCCCUGUUACACAGCUCUGGGACACAAACUCAAUCUACUGAUGGUGAACGCUAGUGAAUAUGAUCUGAAGAUACAAAAGAGAAUAAACAACCCACUAGAUGAUCCAGUUUGUAGAGUAAAGAAUGAUAAAAUGAAGAGGAGUCAAUGUGAUCUUUAUAGAAACAGACCUGAAGUAACAGUCAUUAAAGGGACUCUGAUAAUAAACCCUGUGAACAGAACAGAUUCAGGGAAUUAUAGAUUAACUCUCCUGAACUCAGAAGGAUCAGAAACAUCUAGAGAUCUUCAGGUGAUUGUUGAAGGAUCAUCUUCUGCAGCUGUGACCUCUAGUUUGACCUCUACCUUGACCUCUAGUUUGACCUCUAGCUUGACCUCUGCAGUGACCAGCAGCACACAAACACCAGAACGUGUGUCUGUGGUGUUUGUUCUGGUCUGGUGUCUUCAGAUGAUGGUUCUGUUGGGUCUUUUAGGAGCUUUUCACAUCUACAUGAGACACACGUCAGGAAAGAAACAAGAAGAUCAGGAAGAGGACGAGAAGAUUUAGAGAAGGACAUGAACACACAGCAGAAGAUUCAUGAGAGCAGCAGCAGAUCCAAGAUUUCCUACAUGAUUUUAGAUGUACUUGUGUACUUUUCAUUUCCAAUCUCUCUUUGUUAAUUUAGACAGGAUUGGGAGAGUUACAUUUAAAAUGUAAUUUUUACGUUCUCAUUAACCAUAGCCUAUUCUGCAAGAGGAAUGAAACUUAUGAGCUUAGGGUACUUUUGCAGACUGUCCGAGUCAGAAAAGUUUACAUUCAUGUUUAAAUGAAAUAAAUAAUAUUAAAAUUCGAAGUAAUCACUUUGGUAAACAAAAAAGCUUUUUGGAUGUAACAAAUUUGACUACCACCCACUGAAAAUUUAAUGACAUACAAUUAUUUUGUAUUUUAAAUACGUGUCUAAGAUUGCUCCCUUGUUUUAAAUAAAACAGUUCAUUACGAGCCAUCUCUUCCUUCUUCAUUGCUCCUUUUCAAAUAGCAAUUAAAAUGGUCAAAAUAAGGAUGCUCUGGUCUGAUCUAUCAUGAACUGCGCCUCUGUGGCUCCCUCUGAUGGCCACCAAGUCUUAUCCUUGCCCCAGCUGGUAAUUCUAAGCGUUUAUCCCACUAUCUUUGCCUUCCCUUUUUUGACCUUGCUCUGUUUCACUGUUUCUCCGAUUGUUUGCUGCCUGCCUAUUGACCUCCUACCUGUGUACCUCGACUCUGAUUCUGUCUGCCUGUCUUGACCCUUGCCCGACUCC